UGAAGUUUGAUCAGAUUCCUAAGAGAAAAAUGACGCUUAAAGUAUACUGUGAUCGAAUGUCCCAACCGUCUCGUGCAAUUCUCAUCUUCUGCAAGAUGAAUGGGAUAGAUUUUGAGGAAAUCACCAUAGAUAUCUUCAAAAACCAGCAACAUACCCCUGAAUAUAAAGCAAUAAAUCCCAUGAGCCAAGUUCCAACGAUAGUUGAUGGAGAUUUUACACUAUUUGAGAGUCACACAAUUCUUAUUUACUUAUCUUGUAAGUACCCCGGAGUGGCUAGUCACUGGUAUCCCAGUUAUCUUAUUGUAAGAGCUAAGGUCCACUCUGUUUUAGACUGGCAUCAUGCCAAUUUACGUCGUGGGUCAGUUGGAGUUAUUAUGAACAGUGUCAUCUAUCCACUAAAAGGCAUCCCUUCAAACCCUAAAGCAAACGAAGAAGCUGAGAAGACGCUUGAGAAAGCGUUGACUGUAUUAGAAACUUUUUGGCUAAAAGAUGGACCAUUUUUGGUUGGAAGAUCUCAACCAUCAAUUACUGAUCUUAACUUGGUAUCUGAAGUCAUGGCACUUGAGAUUCUGAGCGAGGAGCUUCAUGAUCGGAUCUUAAGUCCUUACAAGAAGGUUCUUCAAUGGGUUGAAAAUACAAAGAGUGCAACUACGCCUCAUUUUGAAGAAAUUCACGGGGUUCUUUUUAAAACCAAAAAAGAAUUUCGAGCGCAGUUGGCGUUAAAAUCUGGGAAGAACGAGUGA